GUCAGUGUGUGGUGUGUGUGAAGGAAGGACAUGGCGUCUAACUCCACCGCUAACUUUUUCGCCCUUUCCCAGUCUUUCAGUGUAUCCGAUAUCAUCGUAAUCGGAGCAUAUUUUUUACUGAACGUCGCUGUUGGAAUAUGGUCGUCUUGCAGAGUAAGCCGAAACACACUAAGUGGAUAUUUUCUGGCUGGCAGAGACAUGGCUUGGUGGCCGAUUGGAGCGUCUCUGUUUGCCAGCAGUGAGGGCUCAGGAUUGUUCAUCGGUCUGGCCGGGACAGGAGCAGCUGGAGGAAUCGCUGUCGCUGGGUUUGAGUGGAAUGCAACUUAUGUCCUGUUGGCUCUUGCCUGGAUCUUUGUCCCAGUUUAUGUGUCUUCUGGGAUUGUCACAAUGCCAGAAUAUCUGGGUCGGCGGUUUGGAGGAGAGCGAAUUCGCAUGUACUUGUCAGCUCUCAGUCUGAUGCUGUCUGUGUUUACCAAGAUCUCAACAGAUCUGUACUCUGGAGCUCUGUUUGUCCAGGUUUGUUUGGGCUGGAAUCUCUAUCUGUCCACUGUGCUCAUGCUGGUCGUCACUGCCCUCUACACUAUUGCAGGUGGCUUGGCUGCUGUUAUCUACACCGACACUCUUCAGACCUUCAUCAUGAUCAUUGGAGCAGUCAUCCUCACCAUUACAGCAUUCAAUAAGAUUGGAGGCUACAGUAACCUGGAGAGUGUGUAUUUGAAAGCUGUGCCGUCUAAGAUCAUCCCAAACACAACAUGUCACCUGCCCAGGCCUGAUGCCAUGCACCUGUUCAGAGACCCUGUGCAUGGAGAUCUACCCUGGCCAGGCAUGACGCUGGGAUUGACCAUUCUUGCAACAUGGUACUGGUGCACCGAUCAGGUAAUUGUCCAGAGGUCUCUGUCAGCCAAGAAUCUGAGUCACGCCAAAGGGGCGUCAAUCUUUGCCAGCUAUCUCAAGAUGCUUCCCAUGAUCUUCAUCAUCCUACCUGGCAUGAUCAGCAGGGCACUCUACCCAGACACGGUGGGAUGUGUAGACCCUGAAGAGUGUGUGAAGGUGUGUGGGGCAGAGGUGGGCUGUUCCAACAUUGCCUUUCCAAAACUGGUCAUCGAGCUCAUGCCCAGCGGCCUCAGGGGGCUAAUGAUAGCUGUAAUGAUGGCCGCUUUAAUGUCAUCACUGACCUCCAUCUUUAACAGCAGUAGCACCCUCUUCACCAUGGACAUCUGGAAAAAGUAUAGAAGAGGUGCUAGUGAAAAGGAGCUGCUGCUGGUUGGCAGGAUAGUGACUGUUAUUUUGGUGGUGAUCAGCGUGGUUUGGAUCCCGAUCCUUCAGAGCGCUAACAGCGGUCAGCUCUAUGUUUACAUCCAGUCAGUAACCAGCUAUCUAGCCCCUCCUGUUACUGCCAUUUUUGUAAUGGCCGUUUUCUGGAAAAGAACCAAUGAAGCGGGAGCAUUCUGGGGUCUGAUGGUGGGUCUAGCGGUGGGAUUGACACGGAUGGUUCUAGAGUUUGCGUUCCCUCCACCCCGCUGUGGUGUUUUUGACCCUGCUCCCUCUGUCCUGAGGAGCGUACACUACCUGCACUUUGCCAUCAUCCUCUGUGCCCUGACUGUUAUUGUUGUGGUUGUGAUCAGUCUACUGACCCCUCCACCCAACGAAGAACAGACACAUAAUCUUACCUGGUGGACUCUACAUAACAGCACUGAGAGAGAAAUACCUCUACAGAAAGUAACUACACUCAGCCGCAGGACAGAUGGCUGUGAGCCUGUGCGCAGGGGUAAGUGUGUCCGCACCGUCGGGUUCUGUAGCCCUCGACCGGGACGAUUUGCAAACGGGACACCACCUCCUACCAUUCACAGCACCAGAGAAGACCCCUUCUGGUCUCGUUUCUGUUGCGUCAAUGCCAUCAUUCUCAUGUGUGUCAACAUCUUCCUCUACGCCUACUAUGCGUAACACAUACCCCACACGCAGUUUUUUUGUCUUUUUGUUACAAAUGCAUCACCUACAGUAUAUUUCUGCUAGACUUUCUUGCAAUUGGGAUUUUAUUUUUAUGGAGGAAACAAGCUUCCAUAAAGUCCCUUUAAAGUAUCGGGCUACAUAGAAUAGUUUAUAGAUUGUGUUUUAAUAGCUGUUCAGUCAGAUAUACAUAUAAUGCUUAUAUGCACUACGUAAAAGAAGAGUUUGUUUGCAUUUGAGGAUUAAGCAAAAAAUAAAUGAGCAUGAGUUUUCUCACAGUGCAUGCUUAAAAGGUCACACGUUACGCUUAUAGCAAGAGCUUUUAGCGUAUGUUUGAUAAAUAUGUUCACAUUGACUGGGAAAAAAAUAAAUAUGCUCAUUAGAUACUCCCAAAGAUGUGGGUGUAUAUUUAACUGCCAUUUUGCUUCUUGGAAAUAAAUGAUCAGUGAUUAAACUAUAAUUUUCUGUACAGCAUGUAAAUGACUGUGUAAUUUGUGUCUAAAUAAUUAUUUCAACAAUAGCGUGAGAGUAGCCAUAGUUUAUAUGAUUGUAAGAACAGCCUGCGAAUGAUUUUAAGAACAGAAAUUUGUAAGAAACGCUAACUUAAAUAUUUGUGGGUGUUUAACAUUUUUCUCUUAAUUUAUUUUGUUUUAUUGCUAAUGCGCAAAUGCAAAUUGAUACAUUAAAAUCACAAAGCAAACGUGUGAACCAAGUGUUUUUUUACAUUUUUGGCUUGAUGUACUAAACCUCCUAUACAUUUGAAAUGCAAAGUACAAAUAAUACACUUAGUAAAUAAAAGUUUAUUUUUCCUUUGAGUUGACAGUUCAUAAAGACAAUGUGUGCUUGUAAAAUACAGCCUUACAUCAUCGCACAAUAUUACAUCUGCUAUAUAUCUACAAAAGUUAUGGAUUUAAAGUGUCUAUCAUAACACAACAUAAAUAGCAAUGCUUGCUCUCUAAACGUGUACAGGCAAUUUAUAUGUUAAUAGGUUUAAAGUUGAGUCAGCAAUCUGACUGUCUCGUAUUUUAUUGCAUUGCAUGUCAGCAGCAAAGAACAGCGGCAAAGCCUUGCUUGCUGAUAUACUGUAUAUUUUGCAUAUCACCGAACAGCAGGAGUAUGUUCAAGAGAAAAAUAAUGGUUUAGCCUUUAAUUUCACACAUGGUUCAUGACAACGUAAGUGAAAUUACAUUGCUUGUUAUAAAUGAACUAAUCAGUAGAGAGUAAUUAUUUGAAUUAUGUAACUAAAAAAAUACUAUCAGCUUAUUAUUGCUUAUUUUUUGGUCAUGGCGUAAACAGCACUAAAUGUUCCAAAUGUUUUCACAUGGCAUAGGAGGAUCCAACAUGUGUUUUCCAUUAGAACAUCAGUCAGCGGUCUUCCUGAACAGACAUACAAUAAAAUAUCCCCCUCUCAUUGUAAUAAUAAGUACAGAAAUGAAUAACAAAAAUACACACACACACACACACGCAUAUAUAUAU